AAUAUUUUGCAUCACUCCAUCUUAAAAUUUAAAUAAACUAAAAAGGGAAUGCUACUGAUGCUACUAUUUUCCAGUAUGGUCUCAUUCUGAAAAUGGGCACCCAUUUGUGAAACAAUUAAGAAAGGUUAUGUGGAGAAUAUACUAUAAUCCAUUGCUGCAUUAUGUAGAAAUCAUAGUCUAUUAAGUCAUCACAAUCCAAUGAAAUGAUUGAAAGUGAUGGAGAGAGGGUGAGAACCCACCAUUGGGACCAUGCCUUCGUCUGGUGGUCCCAACUUUCUCUCUGCAUUGAAUGGUGACGACCCAGGGGACAAUGUAUUUUCAAUGCACAGUGGAUUUUAGGAUGUUUUCCUGUAGUGUUUUGGAGCAAGGACUAGGGUUUUGGGAUUUGCUGGGGUCCCAAGCCUGAGUCAGGCAACUCAACUCAGCCACUCCUGUCAAAGGCGAGGACUGAGUCUUAAAAGCAAUAACCCCAAAACCUUGGGAUCUGGCAAGACUUGGCUAAUAUACCCAAGGUUUUUCUUCCGGGCUCGACAGCCUGCUCAGUCCGAGUAACCCAGGCUAGUCUAAGUCAACUCGGUGAGUUUUGGAAUGCUGUUUUCUGUAGUUGUGUGUAUCUAAUAAACUAGUGAUCUGGGGAGGACUUAGAAAUUCUUCAUUCUGGGUGUACAGGCGCUCGUGUCAGCAUUGAAGAAUGGUGAUACAAUGCCUUUCAUUUAUGAGACGGAAUUCCUCCUCUUUUCAUGUUAUGCCUAGGAUAUUGCAGCAGCUCGUUUUGUAUUUUAUGCAAUUGCUUAAAUAUAUAUCAUGGUUAGAGAACUUAGGACUUGAGCUCAGCUUGGACCUACCUAUCAGUCCAUUAACCUCGUGACCCAACUGUGCGUGACCUAUGCGGUGUAUGUAUGUGAGUAUAUAUACACGGAGAGGGAGAUAACAAUUGAAUUAGUAGUUGACCUAUUUCAUAUAAGAGUUUAUAGGUCGCUUCUAAAAUAAGUGGAGCCAAGGUCCAUUGUAGAGCUACAAUUCUUUUGUCAAAGCAGACUAUCCUUUAGUAUUCAGAUAUGCUAUAUAUCAUAUUGUACAGAGGAAAAGUAAUAUAUUAGGGGACUCCUUACUGUAACAAUGAUUUUUUGUGAGAACUAAAUGUAGAUAUGAGCAAUGAUAUUGCCACCUUACGUUUUAGUUUAGAACAGCAAGAAAACAAAAUGCAGUUAGCAAAAUCAUGAGUGGAAAAAGCAAUCACAUCCCACUCUACAAUUCAAAAUUUUAAAUACGCUACAAUUGACACAUUAUGGUAGUUAAUGACUCAGUACUCUGAAGAUAUAGAAAGUAAUAGAGCAAUCAAGAGGCAUUAAUUUAGGAAAAGAAUAUUACACAUCCCAUAGGAGAAAACAUGAGUAUUAAUAGGCCUAGAAAGUGACCGGGUUCACAAGCUCACAUGGUGGUUCUUGUCAACCUGGUCAAGUUCCUGGUUGACCCAGAAAGUUUUUAAACCAUGAAUGUUUAGUGGGCACUUAUAUGUUAUUUAGAUUGUUGUGCAUGUUAAACAUAUCAUCGGUACGUAUCCAUGCCUCAAUUGUGUGAUGGUGGGUUAAUUCUUAUGGUUGCGAUCAAUUGCACCCUUUAUCAAUAUCAUCUUCUGUAUUUCAAUUUGAUUCCUUUAAUGUCUUGUGUAUACAAAAGGGAUACAUUUGGCAACUGCAAAUUUGCAUUAUGUGACAGGUGUGGGACUUGAUAAAAUUGACUGAUUAUCUUACUGAGAGAAAAGAUGUUGAUCCUUCUAGAAUAGGGAUAACUGGUGAAUCACUAGGAGGUAUAGUAAUUUUCUUGUAUACUUAAAUCAAUCUAAAAAAUCAUCAUGUCUUUCUUCAGUCUAAGGGUAUAACAUGAAUGGCUUAAAAUCUGAUUCAUUGGGCUUGUAUCUGCCAGUUUUCUGGUUUCUAAGCCGAUCUCAAAUAACUGGGAAAAGGCUUGGAUGUGAUGAUGAUCAGUUUUCUAGGUUCUGAGGACUGGUGGUUUUGGCUUUUUAAGGAACAAUUCUAACAUGAAUUGGAAAAAGUCAGUGGCCCAUUUGAUUUCAGAAAAGCAUGGUAUGGUGGGCUAUGAAAAACCGUAGUCCAGUGGGGUUGUCACUGCCAUGUGAAAUGGCAACCGGUGAUGGGGAGAAGUGUGACCCAUUUUAAAUCACACUUAAUCAGGUCAUCAAUGUCUGAUCAAAUGGGCGGUGAUGGCGAGAGAGUAGGACCCACCAUUGGGGUCAUGUCCUGUUCUUGUAGGUCUCACUCUAUCUUCAUCACCUCCAUCAUUUUAGUGGAUGGUAAGGACCCAAAUCGACGAUGAUUUUUCAUUGUCCAUUUCCUUGUUGAAUAUUUACAAUUCAUAUUUUUUUAUUUUUCUUUUUUCUUUGCAGGCAUGCAUGCAUGGGUUGCAGCUGCCGCAGAUACUCGUUAUGCAGUAGGUGUCCCCAUAAUUGGUGUACAGAAGCACGGACGGAUCUAUAUAAAAGUGAGAUUGAUAGCGAAAUAGUGGAGAAGGUUUGGGAUCAGAUUGCCCCAGGUGUAGCGCACGAGUUUGAUGCACCUCAUUCAAUUCUAGCAAUUACACCACGCCCUCUCUUGAUUCUAAAUGGCGAAGAAGACCCUCGAUGUCCUGUUGAAGGUUUGCAAAGUGCAAUGGAAAGAGUGGUUGAGGCAUAUUAUCUGGCCAAAUCUCCUGGGAAUUUCAAGUUCAUAUCUGAACCAGGAAUUGGGCAUGAGAUGACGCCCUUGAUGGUGAAAGAAGCAAGCAAUUGGUUUGACAAGUUUCUCAACUGACAUACCUCAACACCCAAAAGCAUCAACUUUGCAUUUAUUUAUAUAAAUAAAGUUUAUAUAAAUACAGAUAUAAUGACUUGCACCAUAUAUGGUGGAGGGCUUUGAAAAAGCAAUGUAGAACCUUAUAAACACAAACUACAAUAUAUAGGGAGUUACCUGAUAUUUAUGUGUGAUCAA